AUGCCCUCCCUCUCCUGCCCUGGCUGUAACAGCAAGAACAGCUUUUCGACAUCGAACGCACUCAAACACCACCAGCAGAAAUGUCAAGGUUACCAGGAAUAUUAUGAGAGCAAGAAGACUUCACGACGCGUACGAAAACGACUUGCACCUCGGGCGGCGGACGAACCAGCAAAACGUCAACGCGCAGAUGAACAGCCUGAAGCAUCAGGUAGCGCGAGCGUGCAAAACCCGCCCACCCUCAUUGAUGAUAUACCUGCCUUAUUACCUGACACCGUACCCGUUCAGCUCUCUCGAUCUGGACGUGCAGUCCGUGUACCGAAACGUUUGAAGGACUUCGUACCAGGCACCCAGAUCAAAAGCAUGUCACAGUAUCCCAACACCCCAGCAGUCGCCCCAUUGCCUCCACCACCGACUCCACCUUCAAUAACUCCACCAUCACCCCCGUGUACCGUUCCUCCUCAAUCACGCUCACCGUUUGUUACCGAACCGGAUGAAUUCGGGCUCUAUAGAAUUUAUCCCAACCGGCCGAGCGCUAUGCCUACUCUCGAUACUUCACUUGCUAGCCUAUGUGAUUCUCCCUCACUUGCUCGAUACGCCAAGUCGGCCAGCACCUCUUCUGCUGCUGCUGCGGAAGCUCCCACAGUCGUGGAUGUCGAAGCUGAGAAAAGAGCCGCGUUUGCGCCUUUUCCUAACCUUGGAACUGCUCUGACGACCUACUGGCAGCAGACGGGAUCUUCGACCAAGUCCAAUGCCGAGAUGGACCGUCUCACAGCAUUCCAGCAGCAUUUUCCAGCAACAGACGUCAAGGCCUUCCGAGCUCAGCAUGAGACUAGGCGCCUUGACAAACACAUCGAGGCUGACUGCAGUUGGACCACAUCUUCCGUCCGAAUACGUCUUCCGCCGGCCAACAUUCCAGGUGAUUGCGGUCAGGAGAGCGCUGCGCCCACACUCACGGUCGAUAAAGUCAUGCACCGCUCUAUCAUCGACAUCGUUACCGAUGUUUAUAGUAACAAGGAGAUCGCUCCCACCCUCCAUACAACGCCAUUUGAACUUCGCUGCGAGUCUGUGGAUGGUUCAUCUUCGGAGCGCAUUUACGGCGAGCUUUUCACCUCCCCCGCUCUCCUUGAAGAACAUGUUGCCAUUCAGCAAUUAUCCGGCAACCCUGACGAUGGAUUUGAGUGCAUUGUGGCACCAAUCUUACUCGGGUCAGACGCCACACAUCUUGCUCAGUUUGGUGAUGCUUCACUUUGGCCGUUCUAUAUGAUGAUCGCCGCCCAAUCAAAGUACACCUUAGCUCGACCAUCUGCGCACGCAUGCCAUCAUCUUGCAUAUGUUCCAUCGCUUCCCGACGACUUUCAAGACGAAUACCGCCACAUCUUUGGGGACAAAGCCCGACCCGAAGUUCUCACCCACUGCAAAAGAGACUUGUUCCACGAAAUAUGGAACCUACUCCUUGACGAGAAGUUUAUGGACGCAUACCAAAACGGAAUCUUGGUGGAUUGUGGCGAUGGCCGACGACGUCGUAUCUUCCCCCGGUUUUUCUCCUAUACAGCUGAUUAUCCAGAGAAGGUACUCAUCGCAACGAUCAAGAACCUUGGGCGAUGUCCGUGUCCAUCCUGCUUUGUCGAAAAAGCCAACAUCCACAAGAUGGGAACAAAGCCCGAUAUGAAGACGCGUGAGAAGGAUCUUCGCGUCGACGAUGAGAACCGGCGGUUUGACAUAGAGACUGCACGGCGUCUCAUCUUCGAGAGUGGAGUUCGCAUCAACUCUGAAAGAAUUGACACGGUUCUCGGCGGAUCAGGAGUACCUACACGGGUACUUAUGUUCAUUAAUGCUUUCUCAAAGCUUGCAUUGGUCAAUGAAUUCAACAUUUUUGCUAUACUCCUCGUCGACCUCCUACACGAAUUUGAGGCCGGUGUUUGGAGGGCCAUCUUUGCUCACCUGGUCCGUUUACUCAUUGCUAUCAAAGGAACUGCCUUAGACGAACUUAACGAACGUUAUCGACGUGUCCCUACCUUUGGAGACGAUACUAUCAGAAAAUUCAGCACAAAUGCCUCGGAGAUGAAAAAGCUUGCCGCUAGGGACUUCGAAGACCUUCUUCAGUGCGCUAUCCCGGUCUUCGAAGGUCUCUUUCCCAGCGAGCACAAUAAGGUUAUUCUUGAUUUAUUAUUUGAUCUGAACUCGUGGCUCGCUUUCGCGAAGAUGCGCCUGCACACCGACUCUACCUUAGACGACCUGGAAAAUAUCACUACACAGUUAGGGGCAUCCGUUCGGCUGUUCAAGAAGCGGAGUUGCGCCGAAUGGAAGACAUUUGAGCUUCCCCGAGAGGCCCGUGCACGAGCAAGACGCGAACAUCGACAAGCUCAAAAGGCCGCCACUAACACAGAAAAGGACUUGUCGAAUACAGUUCCAACUACCGGUGCCACCCAAAUUAAACCUAAGCCUUUCAACGACUCUACAUACAAGCUACACCGCCUCCCAGACUACCCUCGCACAAUUCGUCGCAUUGGAACCUAUGAACUAUUUAGUGCACAACGGUUCGAAGCCGCACACCGAGAACCUAAGGACUCUUACCGAAGGGGCAGCAAGAACAACUUUGUCCCACAGCUAGCGCGCCGAGAGGCACGUGUCCGGUUUCUCAGACGGAUGUUCGGACGACUUGUCGAAGUCUAUCCACGCCUUGGGAAACUUGGACGCAAAGUUCAGAGGAAUAAAGACGGGCGAAGGAAUAACAAUCGACGCUCAGAUGACAAGAUCACAACCGAUCCGCGUGCUCACCACUAUAUCGCCGACUCCGAACGCGACCACUUCAACCUCAAGGUCUGGCUUCGGGAUCAUCACAAUGAUCCUGCUACCAAGGACUUCUCUCCCAAACUACGCCAGCAUUGCUUAGCUCGCCUGCAAGGUGUUGAGUCAGGCCACAUUUUUUCGGAUUCAGAACUGACUACGCUCGAGAUCCGAGACAAUGAAAUAUAUCGUCACCAUCGCAUUCGAGUCAACUACACAACCUACGAUAUUCGAAGAGCCCAAGACUCUAUUAAUCCUCGCACCCGUCGUGAUCUCAUGGUCCUCUCAGACAGCAUUACAGACGACGAUGCCCAUCCGUACUGGUAUGCAAGGGCCAUCACUGUGUUCCACGCCUACGUUCGACAGCGUAACGCACCUGGUGACGCUGGAAAGUUCACCCGCAUGGACUUCGUUUGGGUGCGGUGGUACAGCGAGCCCCUCAGCCGUUGUGGUUGGGCAGCUAAGCGGCUACCUCGUGUUAGCUUUCUUGCGCAGAACGACCCCAACGCAUUCGGAUUCAUUAACCCGGCUGAUAUCAUCCGGGGUGCUCACCUGAUUCCUGCGUUUACUUACGGGGGUGUCGGGGAGGACCUUUUGACCAGCCCGUCGCUUGCGAGGUUCCAUGGCGGAGACUCUGAGGACGAGUGCGAUGACUGGAACUCUAUGUAUGUUAAUAUGGACAUGGUUAUGAGGUACCGUGGAGGUGGUGUCGGGCAUCGCAGUACCCGUGCGUGUGAUGUGGUCCUCCGGCAGGAUACCGUACAAGUUGACCUGGAGUCAGAAGACGAAAGUUUGUUACAAGACCGAGAAGUAGCGGACGGAGCAGGCGACGAAGAGAGCGACGAUAGCGGACGUAACUUAGAGGGGGACGACGAUGAUGAUGAGGCGAUCGAAGGCGAUCCUGAGAAUGAGCGCAGUGUGGCUGAGGGCGGCACAGUGACGGGUGGCGCAGAGGGCGCGGAAGGAGACGAUGAUGAGCGCGGUAUUGACGAAGAAGUGGGUGGAGCUGGGGAUAGUGAUCAAGAGGAGCCGCUGGAGAGAGUAUACGAGGCGAACAUCUAUGAGGGACCGGAUAGGGAGGACUCGGAGGGGAACGGCUCAGCAGAUGAGGAUGAGGAUGUAUGGGAUAGAGCUGGAUUUAGCGCACCUUAG